CUUUUACCAUCUCGUUUUUUCCCCAAGAGCUUUCAGUAUGCUAGGGAACACACCUUUCCGGUGACCGACGAGAGAACUAGUGGAAAGGUCUCAGUCGACUCACACCGUAUUUAUUUAUAUCUAACGCGAUGGCCUCUACUGUUGUGCCCACCGCAGCGGCAUCGCCAGAUGAGGAGCUGUUGGCGAAGGCCGAAGCGUUGACCGUUCAAGAAGAUGGUGCAGAGGCCCAGGUGCCCGCCCACAGGAACCAUGAUCCGCAGUAUAACAUGAAGAGAAGCGACCCUUUCCAGUUUGGUUCGCGUUACCUUCAAGAAGACGAUGAUGUUUUCGAGUUCAAUGCUUGGGAUCAUGUGGAGACUGACGACAUUUAUAAAGAGUAUGCUGAGCAGCAAUAUGCUAUGCAGCGAGAGUCGCCAGUCUCCGACUUUGACAAAAGUAGAUUCAAUUCCGACCCUGCUAAGUGGUGGAACCUGUUUUAUAAAAACAACACAGCCAACUUCUUCAAGAACCGCAAAUGGUUACAGCAAGAGUUUCCCAUACUUGACAAGGUUACGGCAGAAGAUGCCGGUCCAGUUACCGUGCUGGAAGUUGGCGCCGGCGCCGGCAACACGGCGUUCCCCAUCUUGGCCAAUAACAAGAACCCCAAGCUCAAACUGCAUGCUUGUGACUUCUCUAAAAAGGCUGUUGAAGUGAUGCGUAGUCAUGAAGAGUAUAACACCGACUUCAUGCAGGCCGACGUGUGGGACGCCGCUGGCGAGGUCCUCCCGCCCGGCCUCGAAGAAGGCAGUGUAGACGUUGUCCUUAUGAUAUUCAUAUUCUCGGCGCUGUCCCCGAGGCAGUGGGCGCAGGCCGUGCGGAACAUCCAUCGGGUGCUCAAGCCGGGCGGCGAGGUUUGCUUCCGCGACUACGGCAGAGGUGAUCUGGCACAGGUUCGAUUCAAGAAAGGUCGAUACCUGGAAGAGAACUUCUACAUUAGGGGAGACGGCACCCGUGUCUACUUCUUCGAGAAGGACGAGUUGGCGCAGAUAUGGACGGGGACGUUCCCUCCUGCCGCUGCUGAUCCUGCUACAACUACUACUACUGUAAACGAUGAAAAAGAUGGUGCAAACGGUGAUACAAAAGAUAAUGGCGAGACUACUGCUAGUGAUCCUUCGGAGUCGAAGGUCCAACAGCCCUUGUUCGAUAUAGAGGAGCUCGGCGUUGAUAGAAGAAUGCUCGUAAAUAGAGCCCGGCGGCUAAAGAUGUAUCGCUGCUGGAUGCAAGGCCGGUUCCGAAAGAAAUAGAUUUAUUUUCCUAAUACUUGCAUAGCCU